ACUCACUGUCGCCUCCCCCGAAAGCCCCCAAACUUCAAAAACGCAUCAACACCCUAAACAGAACAAUUUGCGACACUCUCACAUAAUUCUUUCCCUACCUCUCCCCACGAACUACAUACCGACAAUCGCACAAUGUGCUCCGCAGACAUCUUCCUCGGCCUUCUGGCCCUCCUCUUCCCGCCUCUGCCUGUUUGGGUGAAGCGCGGCAUCUGCUCCGCAGACUCCAUCAUCAACAUCCUCCUCUGUCUCCUGGGCUACGUCCCCGGCCUCAUCCACGCCUGGUACAUCAUCGCCAAGUUCCCCGAGCCGGAUUACGAGUACGAGUCCGUCCCCCAGCAGGACCGCGAAGGCGGCCGCGUCACCUACGUCUUCGUCCACGGCAACGGCAACGGCCACGGCCCGCACACCCAGCAGCCCCAGCAGCAGCCCCGUCCCACGCAGAACAACGGCAAGGGCGGCAACAACGUCAGCUACGGCACCACCAACAACCCGAACAACUCGGGCAAUGCCGCCGCCGGUGGCUCGAGCAGACCCCAACAGCCCCAGCCGUACCAGGACCAGACGGCAGGCGAGGGUAGCAGCGACGGUGCCGUGCCGCCUAGCUACGCCGACGUCGUUGCGGGCGACAACAAGAUCCAGACUCGGGAUUAGAGCAGUCGGAGGCGGACGGGCGGCGCCGAGGUUUAUUUGGUGCUGGCUCUUGUUAAAGAUCAACUGUGAGAGGCCUCUGCUUCUCCGCUAGCUCGGUCGGCCACGUCUGGUUGUUAUUGUAUUGGUUCAUGUAACUUUGGCUUCGGGGGUUUUGCGGGCGGAGUUUGGAUUCUAUCAAACGACACAGCUUCGCCUCUUUGGAGUUUGGGACGGGGCGGGAUGACGAAUUAAUGCGCUGCUGCACGAGUUUUACGCGAGACAUUGGUGCGAAUGAUCCGUUGCAUCAUCUAUGUAGUUGGAUGCCUCGAACUCUCCUGAAAGAUGGGGUAUCUUGAUCUAAUCUUUUCGAAACGCCGGUCCUUCGCCCACGGUGUCUCAAGAACUCUAAUAUCAGGACUCCUUCCGAACGCC